AUGGCACCCCAGGAGUUUGACUUGGUUGUCUACGGCUCAACGUCUGCUGCCGUAGCAGCAUCCAUCCAGGCGGCAAGGCUUGGGCGAAGUGUGGCACUGGUCUCGCCCCAUGAACAUAUAGGAGGUAUUCAAAUUGAGGGUCUGGGAGGUUCUGAUAUCGACAACCAGCCCGAAUUCCAGAACAGCACUACCCUGGGAGGUCUCAACCUGGAACUACACGAACGUAUAAGUAAGCACUAUGGCCGACUCGACAGGCUCAGAGAAGUCAGGUCGAAGAGGCUGAGAGACCCGGAUGUUUGGAGAUUCGAGUCUCGUGUUGCCGAGCAAAUCAUUGAAGGCUGGCUGGCUGAGCACUCUGCUAUCAAUAUUAUCAAGUCUUCACUUGCAGAGGAGAACGGUGUCCAGAAAGAUGAUUCUACAGUUAAGGCUAUUACCCUGGAGAAUGGGCAAACGAUAUUUGGACAAGCCUUCCUGGAAGCAUCCUACGAAGGCGACCUGCUGGCAGCUGUUGGGGUUACCACCACAAGUGGUCGCGAAUCUCGAUGUACCUUCAACGAGUCGCUAGCAGGCAUUCGCGACGAGACUCCAUAUCGUCAACUAGACCUCCCCGUUGAUCCUUAUGUUUGUAUCGGCGACCCAUCAAGUGGCCUAUUGUACGGUAUCUCUCCAGAACCAUUUGGCCACCCGGGCGAUGGAGAUCUUCAUCUGCAGUCUUUCUCUUACCGGCUUCCCAUCACCGAUGAUCCUGCCAACAGGAUUCCUUUCGAGAAGCCAGAGGGUUAUGAUCCUGGGCAUUUUGAGUUGCACAGACGCUUCUUGAGAGCCGGUGGCUACAUGUACAAGCCGACAAUCAAGAUUCCUAACAGAAAGACAGACCUGAUCGGCUCCGAGGCCCCACUGGCCACUGACCUGGUCGGUAUGAACGACGACUGGCCUGUGGCAUCUUACGCACGUCGAAGGGAGAUCCUGGAGGAGACGACGAGGUUCACGAAAGGACUCAUGUGGUUCUUUGCCAACGACGAGGCUGUGCCGGAGAAGUACCGCAGAGAGUGGGCACGCUUCGGUUACUGCCGUGACGAGUUUCCCGACAACGACGGCUUCCCUAGACAGCUCUACGUCCGCGACGCUCGACGCAUGGUAUCAGACUACAUCAUCACCGAGCAUACGGCCUCUAGGGACGGGGGCGAGCCGCAGGUCUCCGAUCCCGUUGCCGUCGCGUAUUGGCCCACCGACACUCAUAGCGUUCGGCGAGUGCUUCGAGACGGCCAACCGCACAACGAAGGAUUCAUCUUCAAGGAUGGACACAAGUGGCGACCUUUUGGGAUUGCAUACCGGGCGCUGGUACCGAGGCGGCCAGAGGCCAUCAAUGUCCUGUCAGCGACUUGCCCAAGCUCAUCGCAUGUUGGAUAUGGCGCUGUGCGACUUGAGCACCAGUUCUACGCGAUCGGACAGGCAUGUGCAAAUGCUAUAGACAUUGCUCUGAAAGAGAAUACCGAUGUCCAAGAUGUUCCUUAUGAUGAGUUGCGGAGGCAUCUUGAGGAGCAAGGGGUUGUCAUUGAUGUUGAGACAGUUGGAAUGCCAAGCUUUCCCGACGAGCAGUAG